UAUGAGGCUGAUAAACUCAUUCGCGCGAUCACCGGCUGAAGAUUAGGCAUUUCUUCUUCCAAUGUGGCCGCGUUAUCGCAUAAUGACUCCAGGAAAAUUUAUCGAGGUCCGUUGAGUAUCUAUUGAAUUCGCACGAAACUUUGUAAUUAUUGUUUCAAUUGAUUGGGUGAGUUAUCAGUAGGUUUUCCUGGGAUAAAAUUGUCGUUCGCCCGUGAAAUUGUCUCAUAUCAUCGACUGAGUGAGUUGGUGAGAAGGUCGAGGAGGUGUUUUAAGAAAAAUUUCUUCUUGAGAAAUAAUAAAAGGUGUCUCCCUAAUCUUGGACGGGCAAUCUCCAGUUGGGGUCUUUCAGUGCAAACUCGUGGAACUCUCACAGUAAGGAGGAAUCAUGUGUCCGAUGAAGUACUUUCUGCUGCUGGGCGUCUUUGUGGCGCCAAUCGUCUUGAUGGCACACGCUGCUACAUGGAGGGCCACCUUCACCCCUUCCGCGAUCACGGUGGAGAUGCACAAAGAGCAGGAGAUUAAACUGGAUUUAGCCGGACUCGAUGAUGGCAGUGUGACGGAAGUUGUCCUGAAGACAGCUGAUACAAUCGUUGCGGACGUGCAGAAAGUCAUUCCAGCAUCGGAAAUAAGUGGUGGCACAUGGAGUGGCUACUUCAACGUUUCGGGAGUUUUCCUUGGGAAAACCGAUCUCUAUGCGGAGAUUACAACGGUGAACAAUCAGAAGGAGCAAUCCGAGGAGAGACUGAGUGUUACAGUAAUCCGCGAGCAACGUGUCAUUGAUAAAGUCUUCACGUACACCGUAGCCAUUCUCGUGGCCAUUCUCUAUGUGAACUUCGGGGCAGCUCUUGAUUUGAAACUCCUCAAAACCAUCGUAACAUGCCCCGUGGGACCGGCUAUUGGGGUAUUUGGGCAAUUUGUCGUGAUGCCCUUGCUGAGUUUUGGCUUAGGUAAGGUGAUCUUCCCGGAUUCGCAUGCAAUGCAACUGGGAAUGUUCUUUACGGGCGUAUCACCCGCCGGUGGGGCAUCCAAUGUGUGGACAGCCGUUCUCAAUGGGAACAUCAAUUUAUCUGUUCUCAUGACGACAAUUAGUACAAUUGCGGCCUUUGGACUUAUGCCCAUGUGGAUCUUUACGCUGGGUAAGGUGAUCUUCGAUCAGGGUGAACUCACUGUGCCCUACAGCCGAAUUGGGGAGUUUGCACUCUGCCUCGUGGGACCACUCAUUAUUGGCCUCCUCAUCCAGAGAUACCUACCACGUGUCACGAGGAUUCUCGUACUCGUUCUCAAGCCUGUCUCUGCUCUUCUUAUUCUCUUCAUCGUGAUCUUUGCCAUUGUAACUAAUCUCUACUUAUUCGAAUUAUUCUCAUGGAGAAUAAUUGUUGCGGGUCUCGGACUCCCCUGGCUUGGCUUCCUCCUUGGGUGGAUCUUGGCAAAAGUUUUCCGUCAAGUUAAUGCUGACGCAUUGGCCAUUGCCGUUGAGACUGGAAUCCAAAAUACGGGCAUCUCAAUUUUCCUGCUCAGAUUUACACUCCCUCAGCCAGAAGCUGAUCUCACAACUGUUGCUCCGGUGUCUGUGGCCAUAAUGACACCUGUGCCACUUUUCGUGCUCUACGUCAUAAUUAAAUUAAAGGAAAGAUUGAACCGUGGCAAGAGAGAACUUCUGGAAGAAAAGGGGGAAACCGCCGACUUGAGCAUAGAUUCACAGGAGACCCUUCCGCAGGAUCAGGAGACGGCGAAAAAUCGCACAGAGGUCCCAUAGGGGAGGAAGAAGUGCCACUUAUUUGAUAUUUACAAAUUAUUUUUUAAAAGAAAAAAAAUAAUGAUUCUCUCAAAUGGUUGGCUGAAAAAGUAUUACAAGGAUAUCAUUUCUAACAAACUCAGUUUUGUAAGAAUGUCACAACAAAGACUGUACAUUUUUAUAAAUUGAAUAUAUUUUGCAAUUUUAUUGAA